AUGCCCGGACAGGUGCAAGAAAAGCCGCCAGCAACGGGGGCUUCGGCCGCGGCAAUUGAGGACGACGAUGAACCGGACGAGUGGGACAAGCGGAUAUUCAGCACAGGCUGCGCGGAUGAAAACGCCAAAAUGACAGACUGCUACUACGAAAAGAAGGAUUGGAGAGCUUGUGCAAAAGAGGCAAGAAAUCAUCUCAAACCUUUAUUUACAAUUAUAUCGAAAUGCUGGAAGCAGCAUGGUAAUAAUGAGCGGACCAGCACCAAGGACACAUAA